UACAUCUAGACUUCAUGCACUACAGGGCUAGUAGUCUACUUUGCUUCCAACCAUUAUGACCAAAAGAUUACGAAUGGUGCUUGUUCCGACUCAACAUAGUUAGAAGGUUGAGACUGUUCCUUUAAAAGUGAUUUCUGUUGCGGCACCCAACGACCGGUGCCAGCUUAAAGAUGGUGAUACUGACAGGUAAUUGUAGCUGUUUUUUGACUUCUUCAUGACCCGCUUCUGUUGACGUGACGUCUUCAGCUUAAGUAUCUGCUGACUGGUGGGUCUGGCACUUCUAAGAGGACCUGUACCGCCUCAGCUUCUAAGAGGGCCGAUGAAAAUGCCAUUACGAACUACUUGGGGAAAAAUGCAGCAUCGCAAACGAGCCGCCGGUAUGGCGGUUGCAUGUGCACUGCCACAAGUAGCGGCUAUUCACAAAGAAAUGUUCACGACAAAUGCAGUGUGCAGUCCACAGUAAUGAACUAGAAUUUAUUCAUUGAAAUGUAGAUGUUUGUCUAGCUUUGCCCUUUACCACAUCUGUAGGUAAAUGAAAAUAUGUUCCUUUUUACCUCCACACCUCUACUGGUACUAACUCUAUCCCACAUCCGUCUAUUCCAUUGUUUGUCAUCGUCUUCAGACAAUGACCUUUCACAGGUAUUGCAUCAACCCAGUCUUUCCUGGUUUAGAGGACAUGUACCUCAAUAUGAAGCAGCAAUGGAGUUGCCAAUUGCUAGCAGAUGUUGCUGAGGCGGGUCUAGAUUUCUGUGCUGGGGUUGUCAAUUUUAUGACUGGAGAAUACUGUCGUUUUUGCUGUUCAUGUAAUUGUAAUACGUUCUUGUAAUCUCGCUUAAUGCUAAGUAGACUUUCCUUCUUCGUUCUCCAUUUCCCUCUCCCGGCCCUCCAUUUCCUCUCCAUCCCCAUUCCUCUCUAAUCCAAACAACCCCACUCUUCCUAUCGCAACUCCCGCCAAAACGGUCCAAGAGUCAGUAAAUGCGCAGGAACAGGCUGCACAGAGGACGUUUUUCAUGCACCUGUCGGCCAUGGGCCUCGAACCUUGGGAUCAUAAACGGCCCAUGAAUGGCGCAGAUCCAUGUAUCCAGUCUGUUUGGCGAAUGGCUUGCUACGCACACUUUCCGAAAGCACAUGUACUACUCGUUUUUGGUGUGGUGCUUGAUGAUAUCCAUAACUGAAACGAGCUGAUAAAUAAAGAUAUGAGCUAGUACAACAGUCCCUCUUGCUUCAGCAUCUUUGCGUGAUGCACUUGUUUUGUUCUAAUUCUCUCUGUUGUAUGGUAUCAUGGAUGUUCUUCCCUCAAUCAAAAAUCCACCGUCAACAGCAAGACUGCGAAAAGGACCAAGAGGUUUCCUACCAACGGCCUUGCCAGAGCUCCUGCAACAACUACGUGCGAGAAUGCGGUGUUACGUGUUGUGACGAGUCAGUGGCGUGUGUUUUUGAGCACUCAAAGCAGAUCGGCCACAACGAGUUGAUCCAGACAGUAGGGUAUUCACCGCAUGACGGACCCAGUAUGUUCUGCACAGGGAGUGCGAGUGGGAAAUACAACUCGGUUUGGACGAAAGGUGCUGGAAUAACACUCAUCUAGAUAGAUUCGAUCCGUGAUCUUUGAGAGAAGUUUUAACGAAUUUCCAUCGUUUCCAGUAUUUUCUCAUUUCGAAAAUAUUGCAAACUUAACCAUCCAUUUGUCUCCCAGGUCUGUUAGCAGCCUUUCUCGGAGUGACCCUCCUAUUUUCGAGCAGUACUGGGACAGCGACGAGAAGAGCACCUGUGAGUGGGAGAAGAAUACCGAUAGUAGGCGCAUUAAGCGCUGCCAUUGUGGGAUUUUUCUUCCCUGGAGCUAGCGCCAUUUCAGUAGCCUCAUCGAGUCAAACGAUGCUCGGGACGACGGUGGAAAGGUAUGAUUGAAUAUGUUUCGUUCGCUAUUGCACUCUACUACAAUCAUUCGUCGUAAGCGUUCAGUCCUCAAAUUGAAAUUGAAAUACUUGGCCAAUCGUUGUAGUACAUCACGAUCGCUCCUCCAACCUCCAUACAUUCAUCAGCUCUUCGAGAAUACAAAGCACACAAGGACAAGAAUCGCAGGUGGAAACGCAGGAUCUUUAUGCUGGGACAGAUUUGAUAGUUUCCUCGCUGAUUAGUUGCUCACCGUAUGCAUCUACAAGAAAUCAUGAAUACAGUUUUCAUGCUCCAUGAAGUCGGCCUACAGGAGAAUCACGCGUCCUAAAUCAAGUACGUAGUUGACGUGUCCUCGCUCCCCAGGCAGCUACCCGCUAUAAUAUGACUCAAGCAGUGCUAGCCGGAACAACUUCUCCAUCGCGAAGUUUCAUUUCCUCCAUAGCGAGAGGAACAAGACGAGAACAAGUGUCUGAACCAAGUAGAAGUACUCAGCAGAGUAGAAUGUCUUCUCCUCCUUCCUCUUCGACGAUAGAGAAUCAGCAAGAUAACAAGCUUUCCCUCAUGCAGACAACAGCACAGACGUCGGCGCGUGCGACAAUGGGCAGCGGAGGUAUUAUGGGAGAACACACAGUAGGCUCAUGGCGCAGUAAAGAGGAUUAUUUGAUCAAAUUUUCCUUCGUGCCACCAGGCGCAACUUCAGCACAGGCACAGUUGAAUAGUUGCAGUGACGCCAAUUUAGCGCAAACACUACAGUGCAAUGGACGAGGGAUUUGCAAGCCUUUCAACCCAGACAACAUCCAAAACCCGAUAUCGUUCUGCGAAUGCGACAGGGAUUAUGCUGGUAACAGGGAAAUCUUAGGCAUCUUGCCGAAUAGAUUCAAAUCAUCAUGCUGGUAACAGUUGGUGAAACCAUAGAUAGUUGUGAAGAAUUAUUCAACACAGUAGAUCAUUGUUGUGUAUAAGGUCUUCAAUCAUCAAAGAUGCCUCCAUCAUCAGAUCCCGAGUGCCGAACACAGAGACGAUCGCAGAUUGUAGCCUACGUUUUAAGCUUGUUUUUGGGCUUUCUAGGAAUGGAUAAAUUUUAUCUCGGCUUUCCACUGGCAGGAGCCUUGAAGCUAAUAUCGCUUGGGGGGUUCGGCGUGUGGUGGGUUGCGGACAUAGUCUACACUGGUGCAAGUCCGGUCUAUGCGGCGAAGUACUAAAAUGGCUAUUAAUCUUGUUUACGACACAAAUUAUCAACUUGACGAAUACAGUACUUUUUCCCAAGUAGUUCACCUAUUUCUUUCGUAACCAACUACAUCCACUUAAUGAUGUGCGCUCAUCACCGAAGAUAUGAAUGUCGGACUUCCACCAUGCAUCACAAUCUCUCCCUCCUCACAGUUACCGCGUCGCCGCUAACUUGCCACAUUGGGUGUUUGUGGUGUCCUCAAUAUCGUUUUUUCUCAUCCUGGGCUUUCUCAUUGCCAGCUGCGUUACCGCAGAUCACAUGCGUGCUAAGAGAAGAGCGGCAUUGCUCUAUCAGGCAGAAGAAGAUGCGCAAGGUGGCGACUUUGCGGCUUCAUUGCCAGCAAUGAAAAGCAGGCACGUAAUGAACCCGCCGCAACCGCAGGUGGCUUUUCCACGGUAG